AUGAUGGCCAUUGAUUCAACUUCCUCCCCUGGCCGUUCCGCACCAACACAAUACGAUACAGUGCCUCUCGAGAAGUUAGAUAUCAUCGACCGAUCCAGCUCAAUCAUCGCUUCAACACUCGAUGUCCUCAAUCCCGCCUUUCAAGAAGUCAAUUUCAGUAUUCACUCCCAUCCCGAACUCGCAUACCAAGAAGUGUUUGCACACGACAAACUGACCGACUUCCUUGAGCAUCACGGCUUCCAAGUCAAACGCCAUGCAUGGGGUCUCGACACAGCCUUUGAAGCAACAUUCGGCUCUGGAGGUCGUCAAAUCGUCUUCUGUGCUGAAUACGAUGCACUUCCAGGUGUUGGCCAUGGCUGCGGCCAUAACCUCAUCGCUACAUCCUCUCUUGCGGCCUUUGUCAGCGCCGCCCGCGCUCUACAGAUGACCAAGCUUCCUGGGCGCUUGCGCAUCAUUGGAACACCUGCUGAAGAAGGUGGAGGCGGCAAGAUCAAGCUCCUUGAGGCUGGUGCUUUUGAUCCUCCCCAGGACAUCGCGGCAGCGUUGAUGUCGCAUCCGACAACCUCGGGACCAAGCUCCGAUGGUCUGGUGUACGAUGGAAUAGCUGGGACGAGAAGCAUUGCUGCGUACAAGACCAAGGUCAUCUUCAAGGGUCGAGCGUCGCAUGCGGGCGCGGAACCAUGGAAUGGAAUCAACGCGUUAGACGCUGCUGUUGCUGCAUACGUUAACGUUUCCAUGUUGCGACAGCAAAUCAGACCGGAUGAGAGAGUGCACGGUGUAUUCGAAGAUGGCGGCACAGUCCCCAAUAUUAUCCCGCAGUAUACUCGAAUGAACUGGUGCAUUCGCAGUCCUACGCUGGCGGGAUGCCAAACCCUCGUCAAGCGUGUGCAUGCUUGCUUUGAAGCAGGCGCUGCUGCAGCGAAUUGCAAGGUCGAAUAUGAAACAGCACCAUUAUACAAUGACCUUCUAGUUAACAACACCCUUUCAAACACCUAUGUCGAGGAAAUGGCCAAUUUAGGGCUGAAGGUCAAACCACAAGAGAAUGUUCCUGCUUCGACGGACAUGGGUAACGUUUCUUACCAUGUUCCGGGUUUCCAUGGUGGAUUUGCUAUUCCAACUACCCCAGAUGUGUCUAUUCACCAUCCAGACUUUGCUACAUGUGCUGGACAGGAGAGUGCUCACAAAGCAGCUAUGAAUUGUGCAAGGGGGCUUGCGAUGACAGCAAUUAGGGUGUUGGCAGACGAAGAACUGUCACGGCGUGUCAGAAAUGACUUUGAAAGAGCUACAUAG